UAUCCUGAUUGGUCGAAGCGCGUAUACGCAAAAUUAACGGAGUUGCAUGAAAAGCGAAACGUUCAUUGGUUGAUGCAUCAACCAAUCAGGAAACAGCAUUUCCGUUUUCGUUUCAUAUAAAUACAGCCGAGCGUUUCGUAAGGUAUUAUUGUGAAUUUACGUUCUUGUUGUUAAUUGUUGUGUAAAUCUUCAUUUGCCAAAAUGACUGGUCGUGGUAAAGGUGGUAAAGGUCUCGGAAAAGGUGGCGCCAAACGUCAUCGUAAAGUUUUACGUGAUAACAUCCAAGGUAUCACGAAACCAGCUAUCCGUCGUUUAGCCAGACGUGGUGGUGUGAAACGUAUCUCUGGAUUGAUCUACGAAGAAACCCGUGGUGUCCUCAAAGUUUUCUUGGAAAACGUUAUUCGUGAUGCUGUCACCUACACCGAACACGCCAAGAGGAAAACCGUCACCGCCAUGGAUGUCGUAUACGCCUUAAAACGUCAAGGCAGAACCCUCUACGGUUUCGGAGGUUAAGCGCGUCCAAUUUGGAAUAUUUCCAGAUUCAAAAUCCGUUAAAACGGCCCUUUUCAGGGCCACCAAAAUAAUUUCUUCCUACAAUGUGAAACAGUUGUUAAAACUUGAUAUCAUGAGUAUGAGUUGGUGUGGUGAAUUCAAUAUUGAACAUAAUAUGUAGAUCACAAUUUCACAUGAUCACAUGGAAUUGAAUGCGUACCUCGCACCGUCAGGUUGGGAUCUCAUUUCCAAUUUUCCGUGUGUACUGUGUGGUCAAUUAAAAUUAGCCUAUAUUGUCUCGUAGACUUUUCUUUUUCGUCACUCAAGUCUCAAGCUGUACCCAAAUACCCAAAAAGAGAUACG